AUGGUCGACAACUCGCACUCCAAGUCCGUCCGCGGCACCCUCUCAAACCCAAAGACCAAAGAAGCCAUAAACUCGUCGAAAUCCACUCCCGAUUUAGGCGAUGGCACGAGCCUGAAACCCGCCAAUGACGACAAGAAAUCUUUCCCUUCAAACGAUUCCGCUCCACCAGCCGGCCAAGGAAAUGAUACACCUUCUGCUUCCUCUUCCUCAUCCUCAUCUUCUACCUCAUCAUCUUCAGAUUCUGCCCCCACAGUCUCAGACCCAUACCGCAAAGCCGGCACAAGCGCUGGUGGCGGCGACAAAAAAGCCAUAGGCAACGGCGGAAACGUAGAGGAUCGGAACAUGGAAGAUGGGAAGCAAGGAGGUAAGAAAAAUGAGGCAAAGGAAGAUCUCCCGCACAGCAAAAAAGUACGAGGUACGCUGACGAAUGACGACGGGGCGAAGGUGAAUAAGACUCAGCUGGGUGACCCGGCGAGUUUGAAGGCGGAGACCAGUAAGACGGAGGAUAUGGGGAGGCAGACGGAGAGGGAGGGGCAGGAUAAGAGCGGAAAGAGUAAAUUGUAG